AUGGAUGGUUUCUCUGUAGCACAGCAAAUCUCCCACCUAAAUCAAAGCUGUGGACAAGGGCAUAGAAGGCAGCGACCACAACAGCAGAUGGAUUAUAAAUCUACAUCCCAGACAAUAUCAGAAAUGCAUCAUGUUUCGGUUCAUUCUGGCAUAGAACAGGAGCCUGAUACUUCAACCCAAAUGCACAAAAAGGCCAAACAAGACAUCAACCAAGAUGAUGUUCUGCACCAGCAGAUCUUUCAGCAACUACUUCGGAAGCAGGGUCCCAUGCAGUUGCAAGUUCAUAAUCCACAGCUAAGGGCAUUGAUCCAGCAGCACAGACUACGAAAUCAGCUGCAGCAACAAAUUUUACACUCCAUUCCGCAGUUGCAGAUUCAUGAACAACAGCCACAACAGACGAGCAAUCAAUUAGAACAGCAAUCCUCUUGUCAAGUUUCUGCUAUGCACUCCAUUGGUGAUGGUAUUUGUUUUCGACGAUUGAUGCAGUACCUGUAUCAUCUGCGACAUCGGCCACAUGACAAUAGUAUUGCCUAUUGGAGGAAAUUUGUAGCAGAGUACUAUGCUCCUAGUGCUAAGAAAAGGUGGUGUUUAUCCUCAUAUGAAAAUAUUGCACAACAUGCCCUUGGUGUAUUCUCUCAGGCAACAACGGAGGGGUGGCAGUGUGACAUUUGUGGUUCUAAAUCAGGGAAGGGAUUUGAGUCAAUUUUUGAAAUACUCCCUAGGCUUAGUAAAAUUCAAUAUGAGAGUGGGGUUCUCAAUGAGCAUCUAUUCCUUGAUUUUCCACAAGAGCAUAGAUUUUCUUCUGGAUUAAUGAUGUUGGAAUAUGAAAAAGCAGUUCAAGAGUGUGUUUACGAACAAUUUCGUAUAGUUCAUGAGGGCAGGCUUCGUAUAACUUUCAGACACGACUUGAAGAUACUGUCAUGGGAGUUUUGUGCGCGGCGCCAUGAAGAACUUUUGCUUCGUAGAUUUGUCGCACCACAGGUGAACCGGUUGGUUCAGGCUGCAUGCAAGUAUCAAAGUACCACUAACAACAGUGGAUCGGAUGGGAUUUUGCAAGAGGAUUUACAAUCAAAUGGCAAUUUGCUCCUAACAGCUGGGCAUCAGCUUGCAAGGAACUUGGAGUUACCGAUGGUGAAUGACUUGGGAUUUUCCAAAAGAUAUGUCAGGUGUUUGCAGAUUGCUGAAGUUGUAAACAGCACGAAAGAUUUGAUGACUUUCAGCUGUGCCAGAAAAAUGGGACCAAUCGAGAGCUUGAAAAAUUAUCCUCGAGAAUGCACCACUCCCAAUAUUCGGACGAAGGAAACACCAGAAAUGGAGCAGCAAGGGACUGCUCAAGUCUUGCUGACUGACAAGAAUAAGUUGACGGCAAUGCGUCCUGGUCCUAUCAGCAACAUAAACAGUAUGUCUCCUGUAACUUGUGAUGGAGUUUUAUCUGGCUCAGGAGACACGGCAUCGGCGCUGACCAAUUAUUUCCAGCAAUUACGGAGGCAGGACUCUACUAAGCAGGACCAGCCCUGUUUGAUGUCUUGUUCCAGCCAGAGUGCAGUCACUUCGUCAAUUCUAGGUGCUCAAUCCUCGAGUGGUGGACUGUUCCAAAACUCGCAGAUUGAUGGUUUCUCAAGUUCCCAGUCUUCUCAGGGCAGCAAAUACUUACAGCAGAGUAUGGCCGAGAAUUUACUGCAGGAAAUGGUGGCUAACGGCAGGGCAAAAGCAGUGCAGGAUGCAAAUGGCAAUGUUACUGCAGAUGUCCUUAGCAAGGUUAAUGACAAUGUUGUUGAUGGUUUGACUGCUAAAGCCAGGUAUACAGGUAUGUCUGGCAUUGGGCUCGGUUUUGGCAUUAGCAUAGUUGCUGCCACUGCUGCCCAGGCAAAUGUGUUGGGUUGUGUUGUGGAAAGUACUGAAAACCUUCAGGCUGCCGCUAACAGAAAUUCUUCCAGAGUAUGUGGUAGCAGCAUUUCAAUCAGGAGAGAACCAGAUCUUCCGGGGUUUCAUAUGCCCCAAGCACAGGAUUUUGGCUCAAGGUUUUUCUAA